CAUUUGAUAAAAACCAUGUUGUUUUAUAUUUCGGCUUGCAUUAGCUUUGCCGCCUUGUAGCGAACUAUGGUUCGCAGGCUUUGUUCCCGCCUCUUUUUCUUCAGAAUUCCGAAACCCUGCUGGCCGCCACGACCGCCACCUUUUUCAAGGUCAGAAUCUCCUUUAAAUCCAUUGCUAAGCUCUUCAACAAGUCAUCUUAAUGGCGGGUUUUACCCGAAUUUUCAAGUAUUGCGAUCAUAUGCUCGAGAAGGGCGUAAACAUUACGAUCUCUUUGGGAGCAAAACACCCGGCAAUGAAGAUUUCAGGAAGGCUUGGCAACAAGAGAUGGAUGAGGAUGAGACCCUAUGGACUGGCAGUGAAGAUGAAAGUGAUCCUGAAAACGACGAAACAGAUUCUAAAACCGAUCGAAACCGUCUGGAAAGAGAGAUACGGAAAGCCAGACAGCAAGCUAAAGAUCAUUCCGAGCUAAUCGAUGCCGAUGACAGUGACGAGUUAAGAAGCGUAUGGUCUGGGAGUGAUGAGGAAAAGACAUUAUGGACUGGCAGUGAAUGUGAUGAUGACGACGAUAUUCCUACUGAACCUUAUCCUAACGAAUCCAGCGAUAAGUACAUCGAUAAACUUUUCGAGUUCGAGGAAAAACCAAAGUACAGAACCAUCUCAGAGCUACUGAAAUCCGAAAAAGAACCCGAGGAGCUAUCACCGGGCAAGAAAGCAAGGAAACUAGCAGUUGAGAACGCCUUGAAGAAACUCAAGAAAGGACCUGACGGGCGAUAUACGAAUGUUUGGGAAGUGAUGAGCGACAUCGACAUUUUAAUAGGAGCAUUCGAGAACAUUGUUUCGGGACCGGAAUAUGAGGAGCUUCGACAAGGAGGACCUAAGAAAUUGAAUAUGGAGUUUUUCAAGGAUAUUCAAGCACGAAUGAGGGAUCCAAAUUAUAAGUUCUCGCCGGAGUUGAAGUUGAAACCAAAGAGCAAGUUGGUUCCGAAGAAGAAAUGGCAGAAGGCACAAUCUAGGCGAAGGAAAGCUCAAAAGCGUUAGCUAUAAGACCGAAUCAAAUUAGUCUUUCUAUUAUUAAAUGGAUCAAUUUUGUAUAUGUAUUAUUAAAAAAAAAAUCAUAUAAGACUAAAUUGGAAUAAAAUUAACGUUUACUGUUUAAUAUUUAUAAAGCUUUUAUGGUUUGUAAAUUAA